GUUCCUUUUCUAGUUUCCUUAAACGUGAGGGAGAGGGGGAGAGGAAGAGAGAGGAGGAAUGUCGACUGUGAAAAUACCUCCGGUGGCACCUUCCGCCCGCGAUGAUGCCAUGCAAAUCUACCGUGCCUUCAAAGGAAUAGGCUGUGAUAGUGCGGCAAUUAUCAAUAUUCUAGCUCACAGGAAUGCUACACAACGCUCUCACAUCCAACAAGAAUAUGAAACCAUGUACACUGAGGAACUUAGAAAACGUUUGUCGUCAGAGCUGAAUGGCCAUUUCAAGAAAGCAGUAUUGCUGUGGAUGCAAGAGCCAGGGGCACGCGAUGCUAACAUUGUGAAGAAUGCCUUAAAAGGAACUGUUAAAGAUCAUAAAGCUGUUACCGAAAUAAUAUGUUCUCGUACUUCAUCCCAGAUUGGACAACUCAAGCGAGCUUAUUUUACACAUAUUGGUACUAAUCUUGAAGAUGACAUUGAAUCUGAAGCAUCUGGUGAUCAUAAGAAGUUGUUGCUAGCCUUCAUAAGUACAUCCCGCUAUGACGGCCCAGAAUAUGAUGACAUUGUGGUAGAGAACGAUGCUAAAGCUCUGCAUAAAGCUGCGAAGAAAUUUGGACUGGAAGAAAAGACUUUCAUACAGAUUUUCAGUGAAAGAAGCAGGGCACACCUUGCUGCUGUUAGUAUCUGCUACCAAAAGAUGUACAAAAAACCCUUAGAGAAGGCAAUAAGAGAUGAAGCGCAUAAAAGUUUUGAAUAUGCCCUUAAAACCAUAUUAAGAUGUGCAGAAAGUACUGCAAAGUUCUAUGCUAAGGCAUUGCGGAAGGCAAUGAAAGGUCUAGGAACGGCUGACACUGCCCUAAUCAGGAUUGUUGUUACAAGGGCCGAGAUUGACCUGCAUUAUAUAAAGGCAGAAUACCGUAAAAAGUAUGGGAAAACUUUGAAUGAUGCCGUCCAUUCUGAAACAUCAGGCCAUUACAGAACCUUUCUGCUAUCUCUUUUAGGUGCCAAUCAUUAGGCUCAAGGGGAAGGGAUAUCAUCCAGGGUACGGUUUGAUCCUAGCUAGAAAGAAGAGGCGGACUUUCUCAUGAUCUGAUCCUGUGAUCACACCUUGAUUUGGGAUGAACAGCUUAUCUUCUUAUACACAUUGAUUGCCAGAAAUAUAGAACCUUCCUGUGUCAAUCAAUGAAGAUUUUCUAGUGUGUAUUUUUGUGUAUUGUUUAAACUCAUACUUUGUUAUACCAGUAAACAUAUUCUUGCACUGUUUGAGCAAUUAUUUA